AUGAGCAGGGAAGGAGAUUGGAUGUGUGGCUCUUGCCAACACUUGAAUUUCAAGAAGCGGGAUUCGUGCCAAAGGUGUAGCUACCCAAGGUAUGGCGGGACAGACGUUUCAUCAUACGGAAUCAAACGAACAGAAGUCUUGGCCGGGGAUUGGUACUGCACUGCCAUGAACUGUGGAGCACACAAUUAUGCCAGCAGGAAAAGUUGCCAUAGGUGUGCUGCAUCAAAAGAUAGUUAUGCAGCUUAUGGGGUUGACAUGAUGGGAUCAGGAGGUUAUAUAUACGACACCACUGCCCCUCCCGGUUGGAAGACUGGUGACUGGAUUUGCAGCAGACUUGGAUGUGGUGCACACAACUAUGCCUCCAGGACGGAAUGUUUCGGAUGCAAGACACCUAGGGAUUUUGGUAAACAAAUCUAUAAAGAGGAGCAGUCUGAGGAAGGUGGAUUAAGAGAGACAAUCAAACCUAUCCCAAAUUUUCUGCAGUUCUAA